UUGAAUGAGGGCAGAGGGCAGUGAGGCCGCCGCCGCCAGCUUGAGUGUGGGCAGCGGACCCGCUGAUCGCGGCGGGUGAGUCGGUUCGGGCCGCGGGGAGGGAGCGGAGACACCGCCCUCGCGCUGCCAAGCGGGCCGGGAGUGGGCGGAGCUACGGCCUGCGGGAGCCACUGGGUCCGAGUCAGGAUGCCGAGGAAGAAGAAGCAUGCAGAAAGCCCUGACUUUCAGGACCCAGACGGGGAGGAGGAAGAGCCGAGGGGCCUGGUCGACGCCAAAAAGAAGCGUAGUUUUGUGGAUGCCUUUAUUGUUAUAUCUGACAGCGAUGGAGAGCAGGAGUCAAAGGAGGAGAAUGGAUUACAGAAGAAAAGAACCAAGCAGCAGCUGGAUAGAGUGAAGUUUGCCGCUAAAAGAAAAAUUGCACAGAUGACUGAAGAUGAACAGUUUGCACUGGCUCUGAAAAUGAGUGAGCAGGAAGCCAGACAAGUGAACUGCCGGGAAGAGGAAGAAGAGGAGCUUGUGCGGAAGGCCAUCGCCGAGAGCCUUAAUAGCUACCAGCCUUCAGAUUCCCCUACUGUGACCUCUGCAUCACCUCCUGCACAGGCAACAUGCGAGCCAGUGCAGAGCCACCCGGCUGAGAUCCAUGGAGCUGUGCCAUCUUGCCCCGACUCCCCACGGUCGGAAUGCAGCUCCCAUUCCUGGAGCACAAAAGGUGAUGGGAAUGGACAGACGGAUGUUGCCAAGAGCCCCCUUGUAGUGCUGACAAGGUUAAGCCAGGAAAUAGUUGAAAGCUCACUAUUAUCCAGCAUAAUCGUCUCUCCAGGGAAGAGCCAGCCUUUAACCAAGUCAAAUGAAAAGCCUUCCUCACCAGCAAGAAGCCAUUUCAGGGACACGUUACCCAGCCCUUCUGGGGAGGACCUGAUCUCCCUGAGCCCCACCUUUGGCCGGAUUACUCCAGGCGCUUGGCAACUGACGCCUCGGAGACUGUUUUCAGGGUCGUGCAGCACUUCAAAAGCAAUGGGUGGGGAACAAGACAAGCAACCUCUGGCCAGCACUGGAAGCUCUGCGGGAGAGCCCACGGCUGGCAGCUCAGCAGUGCUCCGGAAGGGCAGGACCUGGGAGCCGGGUGGCAUUCCAAGGAAGAGCUGUGGAGCAGGAGGCCCUGAGUGUGCACCACAACAUGGGCACCGUGGGCAAGGCUCCGUUUGUGUUGAGCACGUGGAACGGAAUGAGGUGCCUGACAACGCACCCGAGCUUUGUACACUGAGCAUGGCUGAUGAAAAGUGCAAGCAGGAAGAUGCUAGAGACACAGUGCACUAUUACUGGGGUAUUCCAUUCUGCCCCAAAGGGGUGGACCCAAACCAGUACACCCAAGUCAUCUUGUGCCAGCUGGAGGUGUACCAGAAGAGCCUGAAGCAGGCUCAGAGGCAGCUCUUGCAGAAGAAGGAGUUUGGUGAUCCAGUUGUGCCCUGCUCUUCUCCCCUGAGCCAGAAUGAGCAUGGGAAAGGGGAGCGAAUAAGCAGGGAAAAUGGUGUUCCCGACGACACAGAAGAUGGCAGGAAGGAGCCAGAGAGUGCUGCCUGGCUUCUCGCCACAAAGAACAGGGAGCCCGAGCAGAAUCCAGGGCAGAACUUGGAAGAGGAAAAGAACUCUACGUCCGAGGAGGAACCAACCACCAGCUAUUGCCAGGGGCCAACCUGUGCAACAGACCAGACACCAGCAAAGGCCUCCCAGGCGCUAUUUGCGGAGGACAUGCCUGAAGAUGGGGAACCAAUGCAGAUUACACAGAGCAUUUCUGCCUUGACCCCAUUUGGCAGUAAGAGGAGCCCAGACAUUGCCACGGAGAGCCCUGCUGAAGAAGAGAUCACAGUUUGCCCUGAGACUCAGCCAAAUCCAUCGGAAGCUAUUGAGCCAGAGAGAGAAGAGCUCCGUUCAGCCAGCAAAGAUGCACCUCUGCAGGCGGGUGGAGAUGAAGAAGCUGGGAACACCGUCUCUGAAUGCAGCCCGUCAGCUGAUGACAGUGUGUCGUGCCCGCUGUGUGAUCGAGGGUUUCCAGCCACCGAGAUUGAGCUGCACGCCAUGUGCUGUAACGGCAUCGGGGGACAGGAUGCAAACGAAGGCGUUCCAGGUCUGCUAAGCACUUGGUCUCGUGCCUGGGUCCUUCUGAAUUCAUCUGGCUUCAGCUUCCAGCCACUGGAUCGGGUCAGACCUUUCUCUGUGGGACAGAAGGGCCCAUUAUUAAGUAUUUGUUCCCCAUGUAGUUAUUGAUAGACUGGAAUCAACUCACCCCGCAACUCUCUCUUUAAGUUAAAUAGAUGGAGCUCCUCAAGUCUGUCACUACAAGGCAGGUUUCUAAUCCUUCAAUCAUUUUCGUGGCUCUUCUCUGACCCCUCCCCAAUUUACCAACAUCCUUCUUGAACAGUAGGCGCCAGAACUGGGCACAGGGUUGCACCAGUGCUGAAUACAGAGGGAAAACCACCUCUCUGCUCCUACUCGAGAUCCCAGGAUCGCAUUAGGUCUUUUGGCCACCAUGUCACACUGGGAGCUCAUGUCCGUCUGAUUAGCCAUCACGACUCCCAAUUCUUUGUCAGAGUUGCUGCUUCCCAGCAGACUAGAGCCCAAGCUCUGGAACCCUGUCGGGGGAGGUCCCAGAGCCUGGGCUCCAGCCUCAGCCCCAACGUCCAUCCAUCAAUGUUUAGCCCUGCAGCCCAAGCCCUGCGAGCUCGAGUCAGCUGACGUGGGCCAGCUGUGGCCAUGCCGCAGGGCUUUUAUUCCAGUGUAGACGUACCCUUAGUGUACGCCCAGGGUUCACACUCAGGCUCUUGCCUACCCCGCCUUCCAUCUCCACACAAGUCGCACUAACCCAGGGCUCAGACCCAGGGUGGAGGGUCCAAGCCUGAGUCCAGCUGGGAUCUACAUUCAAGCCCUGUUGCUUUGCAGUGGAGACGCAGCCCCACUGGACUUGUGCCCUGGGAGUUGGCAAAAAGUCUCCCACAAUCCCACAGGCCAACUUCCUUUGUCCUGUGGCCAGUCAGGUUUGGUGGCCGGUCUCGUUCUCCCACACUGCACCUCAAGCUGAGGGCUAGAGUGGCCACAUUUUGGGAGGGCGCAAAGAAGCCUGGUGUUUGGACUUGGGCUCGCAUAAUGCAGUGUAGACGCUGGGACCCAGGGUUCAACAGUUCCUGACCUGGGGUUAUAAAUGAGUGUAGAUGCUCAAGCCCUAGGCUAACAAACUCCGGGUCUACAAACCCUGGGCUUACAGUGCAGUGUAGACAGCCCCUUAGGGCUUGUCUCCAUGGGCAAUUGACUGAAACGGUUCCCUGUGCGGACUGUAUUCCAGAGUCCUGCUUCUGCUUUCCUGGGUGCUUGUUUCUGAGUGAAUUCAGCAGGGCUUGAAGAGUUUGUUCUAAGCCCUAGACGCUGCGCCAGGACGGGGAGUGGUGGGCUCCUCGCUGCUGGUGUAAUGAACGUUCCUGACCCCCGUGCUCAGCCCUAGUGAAUGUGUGUGUCCCCCACCCCCAGGCACAAGCGCUAAAGGGCUGGUGAGUCGGGAAUGAGAACUGAAGGACUCUGAAGAAGUUCCCACGUUCUGCCUUGGGUCACUGCCCUCUGCUGUGCUCUGCGGCUGCGACCACAAACAUACCCAGCUCAGUAUUCGGGAAGAAAGCCUAGAAUUUUACCAGAUACCACAGCUGUGGACUAACCUCCCAUUCCAUUCUGGCCCAGCCUUCCUGUUCCACAGUGAGUGACAGGAGAGCAGGAGACGCCAUAUGCCCCUCCCACACCUCACGUGCAACUGACACCCCAUCAUCGGUUUCCAGAGCACCAGCAGCAGUGCUGAUACUGUACAAAGCUCCCAACACCAAGAGAAGUGGCACUGAUGCAGCAAAAAGAGUAACACAACUGGGGCAGGGAAAAGCUUCAUCACUUCUGAGACGGGCCAACAUGCUAGAGAAUCUUUCCAUUAAUAGGAUCUGCACAAAAAUAGCCUGCUGGUAAUGGGACUAGACAGCUUGGGGUGGAGAGAUGCAGCCUGAACAGACACAAGCCUUGUGCAAAAGGCAGGAAGCGUCGUCAUGCACCGAUGGCACUUCACACCUGCCGAGUGUCAGGCAUGCAGUUAUUGAGGCUCUCUACACGCUGGUGAGAGAGACCCACAGGCGGACAGACCAGGGACCUGCCCCAAGCCAUGCAGCAAGCCCUGGCUCCCAUUCCUGUGCACUGACUACGACCUGCCUUGCCUGGCCAGUGGUGAUGGGGACAAGGGCAAACGUGGAAUCGGGAGCGCUGGAGCCUCGCCCAGGCAGGACGCACCCAUGCCCGGCUGUCCUGACACGGAGCUGAUGGAGACAGGUCCAUUCUCAGACAUGCUGUGCAUUGCAGAACAUUUCACACGAGAGUGGCACGGCCCGGGAGAGGUGUGCUGGGACAGGGCUCUGUCUUUGGGGUGAGCCCAGGCCCCCAGGUGUGCUCUCUCUCUGGCGGGUCUCUUCGGAAAAGCCUCUCAAGGGAUGGGGGGAGGGGGAGUUUGGAACCAUAGCUGGCUCGUGUGCGUGUGGUGGAGUCGAUCAGCAAUGCUGGCCAUGUUUCUCCAUUCCUCCUGCUGCUCUCGGCAGCACAGCUGGGUCUUCCCGCGUGAUCCCAAAGAUUUCUAACAGGCCUGCCGUGCCAGAUGUGCUCACUGCUUUUGGAAAAAAUAGAACUGAUUAACACCUGAGUGAGUGCACACGGCGUCCUGAGACGGCGUUAAAGGAAUAUUAACAGCUGCACCCCCAUGGAGAGAGCUGCUCUCGCCAUGCUGAGUUAGGAGGGCUCUGGGAUCGGUACCAGGACACGGAUAGGCCACUGGUUCACCCCUAGUCCAGGCGAGGGGCGAACAAGGAGUCCCUGCUGUGGGCUGUUGCCCAGUGGUUCAUUUCUCCACCACAAGCAUCUCUGCCUCACUCCUGGGAGCUCCCAGGAGGCUGCCCGGCUGCGUGUUGGGUGGUGCCGAAGGCAGCCGCCAGCUCUAGUCAUUGACUGGCCUGCUGGGCCAGCACCGAGGAGAAAAGAAAAUCAAGGCUUGCUUCAGACCUGGGCUGUGCUCCGGAUUCAGGCGCUGAGCUCUGUGAUAACAGACAUUAGCAAACAGCAAGAGGUGGCCGGCGCCUGUAUCCUGGAGUCAGGCCUUUCUUCUCAGGAGCCGAGCUAAUCCCGGAAGCUCCGAUGCCAGGCUGGAAAGCAGCUCUCGUGCACUUUGUCCCCGUAGCCAGAUUGCCCGGGAGUACUUACAGCAAUAUCUGUUUAUGAGGUGGAAACUCAAACAUCCCUACCAGAGCCGGCCGAGCUAUCGGAAACACUCCCUCAGGAUUUGAGCGGGUGGCAUGUCAGCAGGAAUCUGCUGAGAGCAAUUCAACCGAAAGAGACAAACACGUUGAAAUUCUCCCUGCAGAUGCCUGGAGAGCCGGUCUGCGGCACUGCUUGUUGGCUUCACUCAUCAGAACACGAGUCUGGAAGAGGCUGCAGCAGCCACUGGCAGUCUGGGGGGGGGAAGCCCUUUUCUUCGCCCAGCGCCUAUAGAGCCCUUUCCCCCGAGAUCUCACAGCACCUGACUGGGGCUCAGUACCCCCCACGUGUCACACAUGGGCACAGAGCGAGGCAGUGACUUGAGAUUUACUAUGCAUCUCCGGGAGUCUGACCCAGCCAUCCCAGCCCUCACCCAGGGGAGGGGACUGGAACUUUCUUGGAA